UUUCCCCUCGUUUGUACUUCCCUUUCUUCUUACCCGCCCCUUUCUACCCUGAACUGCUUCUUAAGCCAGAACUGUGGUGGUUUUCCUCUUCUCGGCUUGGGGGGGCUGGCGCGGAUAGUAGCAGCCUUUGGGCCUCUGAGGGACAUGGAGCCCAGAAAGGUGGUGCCAGGGGCACAAGGCUGGGGUCCCCGAGGGGCCACGGGGUCAGGGACAGCCGCGGAGCUUGUGUACCACCUAGCCGGGGCUCUGGGCACGGAGCUGCAGGAGCUGGCGCGCCGCUUCGGGCCGGAGGCAGCAGCCGGGCUGGUGCCCCUAGUAGUGCGAGCGCUGGAACUUCUCGAAAAAGCCGCCGUGGGGCCCACCCCGGACUCGCUGCAGGUGUCAGCUCAGCAGGCCGAACUGGAGCUGCGGCAGCUGCGGGAGGAGAACGAGCAGCUCCGCAGGGAGUUGCGUUCUGGGCCCCAGGAGGAGCGCGCGCUGCUGCGGCAGCUCAAGGAGGUGACCGACAGGCAGCGGGACGAGCUCCGGGCGCACAGCCGCGACCUGCAGCAGCGCAGCCUGGAGACCGAGGCCUUGCAGGAGCAGCUGCAGCGCCUCCUGCUGGUGAACGCCGAGUUGCGGCACAAGCUGGCCGCCGUGCAGACCCAGCUUCGGGCAGCGCAGGACCAGGAGAGGGAGCGUGAGGUGCAGCACCAAGACUCCCCAGAGCUGCAGAACCAGGGCCACACCGAUGGAGAGCCCACGUGUGGGCCGCAGCCGGAGCCCGAGCACGCCAUCCCGGACAGCCCGGCUGCUGCCCCGCGGCAGGUGGGGCACCCCUCGGAGGCAGAACAGUGCGGCUUCAGCAGGCAGGAGCUUGAGCAGAUUCUUCAGGAACGCAAUGAGCUCAAAGCCAAGGUGUUCCUGCUCAAGGAGGAGCUGGCCUACUUCCAGCGGGAGCUGCUCGCAGACCACCGAGUCCCUGGGCUUCUGCUGGACGCCAUGAAGGUGGCUGUCAGGAAGCAGCGGAAGAAGAUCAAGGCCAAGAUGCUGGGAACGCCAGAGGAAGCCGAGAGUAGUGAUGAUGAGGAUGGCUCCUGGCUCCUGCUCUCCAGCAAUAAGGAAGACCGGCCCCCUUCUCCUGAGUCCAGAAUCCAAAGCUUCUUUAGUCCAUGGUAUCGGGGUGAAGCCGAGACUCCCAAACCUGAGACCAGCAGCACUGAAGAAGGAAGGACCCCACAGCCAGCUGCUGUGGAGCCUGGGGGGAGCCCCCCAGCUCCCAGCUCCUGACCAACCUCGUGACUUCGAUGGCAGGCCUCUACUGUCCUGCAGGCCUGGUGGCUGACUGGGGGCAGAUGUGGGCAGAUGUGUGACUUCAUGUGAGAGGAGGCCUCCACUUUUGCACCCUUUCUCAAACUCUCCCUUGAUCCUGGCCUAUACCAGGGCGUGACCGGGUACCUGGCCCGCCCUGCCAGCUGCCCCACCCACAUAGGACACAGAACUGACUUCCUACCUCCCAGGGAUUUUUCCAAAUGGCCUUGAACGAAUGGAAUAAAGCCCUAACACCCAGA